AUGGAAGAUCGGGAGAAAUUGCCCUUGCCUGCCCCAAGUUUACCCGAUGAGCUGCCCAAGGAUCCCAGCGUUGUGGACUGGGAUGGCCCCGAUGACCCUGCAAAUCCCCUCAACUGGCCAUCGCCCAAGAUUAAUCUACAUAUCGCUAUAGUGAGCCUUUUCAUACUCAAUGCUAACCUGGCCGCAACUAUGUUCGCCCCUGGGGCAGCAAAGCUGGCUAAAGAAUUCCAUAUCACCGAUCCCACCGUCGAGGUUAUGACAGUAAGCCUAUACGUGCUUGGUUUUGCCCUGGGCCCGAUCUUCCUGGCCCCUCUUUCGGAAUUAUAUGGCCGGCUCCCUAUAUACUACUUUUGCAAUUCUGUCUAUUUUGCAUUUACCCUAGGGUGUGCAUUUAGCACCGGCGUUGCUAUGUUCCUCGUUUUUCGAUUUAUCGCCGGCUGCGCUGCAUCGGGCCCUAUGAGUAUUGGCGGUGGCACGAUAGCCGAUAUCACACCUCUAGAAAAACGGGGGAAAGCGAUGGCACUAUUUACUAUGGGGCCAUUGUUGGGACCUGUUCUUGGACCUGCUAUUGGAGGUUUCGUAUCCCAAUAUACCGGCUGGCGCUGGACACUUCGGAUUAUACUUAUAUUUUCUGGGGUAAUCGGAGUUACUACCUUUGUCUUUAUGCGGGAAACCAACACUGCAGUCUUACUACAACGAAAGGCAGAGCAUAUGCGUAAGGAGACCGGAAACCUCGAGCUUGUGCCUAGAGGCAGUAUUGUAAGAGAGACACCUCGGCAGAUGCUCCUUAAUGCUAUCAUUCGCCCGCUUAAGAUGUUGAUCUUCUUACCAAUCGUUCUACUUGUCUCACUCUAUACUGGUCUUAUGUUCGGCAUCGUUUUCUUGCUCUUCACCACCUUCCCAUCCGUUUUCCACGGAGUCUACGGGUGGGAUGAGGGUGUCUCUGGCCUCGCCUACCUCGGUCUCGGUAUUGGCAUGAUGCUUGGGUUGGUCCUAUUUUCUAUCCUAAGUGAUAAGCUCCUAGGGCAGAAACAAAAACCAGGAAGCUCCAACUCUGAUGCUAAGCCCGAACAGCGCCUCAUCUUGAUGAAGUGGUUUGGCCCAAUUACUCCACUUGGCUGCUUUAUAUAUGGAUGGAGUGCAUACUACCAUACCCAUUGGAUUGUACCGAUCCUAGGCACCGGCAUCAUUGGACUUGGGUCUCUAUUUAUUGUUAUCCCUGGGCAGAUUUACCUGGUUGAUUGUUUUGGAGCACAAGCGGCUGCUUCUGCCUUGGCUGCCAACUUGCUCGUCCGCUCUCCAUUUGGCGCAUUCCUCGUCCUUGCUGCCCCCCCCGAUCAAUUGCGGCAUAUCGAGUAUAUCUGUAUCAUCGAGCAUCAGAGUGAAUUCAGGUUUACCGGCUUCAACAUGACGCUGACACAAUCGCAUCCUGACGAUGCGCCUCCGCCCUACACUCCAACCGACCCUCUCACACCAGCUUCCACUCUCAAUGAUUCCUCAAGCCAGAUAUCGGCAGACCACAUUGCAGAGAACAUUCUAUCCUAUACCCAUGCCGUGGAGGCUCCCAAUUUCAUAUCUGCAGCUCCCUUUUUCAGUGAGCGCGGCCUACCAGCUACCAAUCAAUCUGAUACACGGCCAUUUGAACAUACGCUGGUUCUCUACAAGCGGAGCCAGGCCAAAGACUACUCGCGAUAUCCGCGUUGCUGGCGCUCCAAGAGUGAAGAGAUCACUCAGCAUGACUGGGAUACGUUCUUAAAUUACCUUCUGCCUUCGCAUCUUGGGCCUGCGUCGAGUCACCCUCAGUUACCGCAGAAAUUACGUGCGGAGAUAGAGCGUGAUAGGAAAGACAGGCCACAGGAGACGGAGGAGGAACGGCAGGCGAGGAUUUCGGCAGUGAUUCAAGAGUGGAAUAUCUCUUUCUUUCGACCGAGGGGAGUCAUGAUAGUUUACUGCUUUAGCCGCGAGGAUGGAAUGCAGCCGGAGUCUCCGUUAUGCCCGACAUGUUAUCCAAACACGACGUCUUCUAGGACACACAGCAAUACCUCCCGCCCCUUGUUUGAGGAGCCUACGUCCUCGCGGGCGGUACAUGAGCCAUCUCGGGCCUCUUCUUCAACUCCAGUGAGCUCUCAAAACCGGCAGGCCUCGAACUCAGCACCGCCAGGAGGAAAUGGAGGAAAUGGAGGAAGCUCAGAAAAUCAAUAUCAGUACAGUUCUGCCUCUACCGGCGGACCUGGUGUGUGGAUGUUUAACCCCAGCGCCGCAGUCAAUAACAUCGCUUCGAUGAUUUCAGAUCAGGUUCAACGAUAUAGUCAAUAUAUUGGCGAACAAGCGGCUGAGCACAGUAGGAGGGUCAGUGAACAGGCACAAGCAGUCAGCCGCGAGGCGCAGAACAAUGCCCAGGCACAUGCAACAUAUGUCCAACAGCAAGCUGCAUACGUCCAACAGCAGGCUGCACUAGCGAGAGAAAGGGCCUACAACAACAUUACAACAUACAGGAAUCAGGCACAAUCGGCAUGGGCCGGACCCCAUGGCCCAUUCCCAGGUCCUGGCCGGGGCGGCUUCCAACGCGGUGGAUGCGGCCCAGGCGAUCUAGGUAGAGGACAUCCACACACCGCAGGCGGCUUCGGGUUCGGUGGAUUUGGAGCGGGUAGAGGUGCUUGGGGUUCUGGUCCAGGUAUGUGUCCGCCAAACACCACUGGCCUGGGAUGCACCCAGGAGAAGUCUGAAGCCGGCCAAAGAGAUCGCGAAUGGGGCCAUGUCGAGACGAGGGCUCAGCCGACGGGAAGAGCGAGGAGCGCGUCUAUCUCUUCCUCCUCAUCUUCUUCAUCAAGCAGUUUCUCUGACUCGUUGGACUCUGCUUCAUCCGACUCGGACCUCAAAAAGGGUGAACUCGCUGCUCUCAAAACAUCCCUUCACAAUCUCAAAGAGCAGCAGGCCCAGAGACGCAUUUCGAAAGUGGACUAUCGAGCCCGCAAACGGGAACUGAAGCGUGAUUGCAAAGCCCUGAGGUCGGCUCGAAGAGAAUUCCGAUCAGCAGGCCGCCGUUGUCGUGGUCCUCCUGCUGGUGCAAGUUCCAGUGGACCUAAGACUACCCGCGAGGAACUUGGUGCAGACCUUGAAGAAAUCAAGAGGGACAUACAAGAGAUCAAACAGCAUUAUCACAAUUUGAUAUUUGGAUAUCGUCAGGAGAAGCGUGAGCUUAAGCAGGAGCAAAAGAAUCAUAAACAGGAGGAGAAGCAAGCUAGAAAAGAAGCGAAGGCAGCGAGGAAAGAAGAGAGGAAAGAAGAGAGGAGAAGGGCUAAGGAGAAGGGCAAGGGCAAAGCUAAAGAAACAGAGCCGGUUGAACCUCUAGCGAACAACCUAGGGGCUAUGGAGAUUGGAACCGCCGAAUCAAGUAGAUCUCCCCCACAGUAUUCGGAUACGCCGCAGCCUGCUGAAACCACAUUGAAAGAUGUCAAGCAAUGA